UUGCGCGAUCGGCAAGAUCCUUUAUUGCUCCCAGAGGAAACUCUGUACGAAAGAUACCGCUUUAGCCGAGGGGGAAUAUUGUACCUCAAAGAUUUAUUAGCUCCGUAUAUUCGAAGUCAAACUCGGCGAAGUCGGGCUCUCACAACCACACAGACAGUAUGCAUUGCUUUGAGGUUUCUUGCAAGCGGCACUUUUUUAUAUACUGUAGGCGAUGCGGAACAUCUAUUGAAAAGUGCAGUUUGCCAGGCAAUUCGUAAAGUCUGUUUGGCUCUGAAACAUUUCCUGCGGGUUUUCAUAGUGUUUCCUGGACACCUGCGUGUGCAGCUAAUAAAAGAGGCGUUUCAUGCCAUUGCAGGAUUUCCACAUGUGAUUGGGGCACUGGAUUGUACGCAGAUCCGAAUAAAGGCCCCAUCAGGUCCAAAUGAGCCAGAUUACGUGAACAGAAAAGGCUUCCACAGUAUUAACGUGCAGAUGAUCUGUGAUGCAUCCUACCUAAUAUCAAAUGUGGAGGCUAAAUGGCCAGGGUCUGUUCAUGACUCAAGAAUUUUUAAGGAGUCACACCUGUAUCGGACAUUUGAACAAGGUAAUAAUGUAAUUAUUAAUCAUGGUGAUGUGUGUAUUGUAUUCACAAUUUUUACAUAUUCCACAGGUCAUCAUGAUGGAAUCCUGCUUGGGGACAGGGGAUAUGCCUGUAGGAAUUUUCUAAUGACCCCGUUUCCUUUACCAAACCCUGGGCCACAAACUAGAUAUAAUGCAGCUCUGUCUAGGACAAGGGCAUGA